AUGACCUAUUAUAGAUGUUGCUUGAUCCUCUUGGCAUUAACCUGGAACACUUCUGCCUAUGGCCCUGACCAGAGAGCACAGAAGAAGGGUGAUAUUAUUCUUGGAGGACUCUUUCCAAUUCAUUUUGGAGUAGCAGCUAAAGAUCAGGAUUUGAAAUCAAGGCCUGAGUCAGUGGAAUGCAUCAGGUAUAAUUUUCGAGGGUUUAGAUGGUUACAAGCUAUGAUUUUUGCCAUCGAGGAGAUAAACAACAGUCCUGCUCUUCUCCCCAACAUGACUCUGGGAUACAGAAUCUUUGACACAUGCAACACUGUUUCCAAAGCCCUAGAGGCCACACUGAGUUUUGUAGCCCAGAACAAGAUUGAUUCCUUGAACCUGGAUGAAUUCUGCAACUGUUCUGAGCACAUUCCCUCCACCAUUGCCGUGGUCGGAGCAACUGGCUCGGGUAUAUCUACUGCCGUGGCAAACCUGCUGGGACUGUUCUAUAUUCCUCAGGUCAGCUACGCAUCAUCUAGUAGGCUCCUGAGCAACAAAAACCAGUACAAGUCUUUCCUCCGGACCAUCCCUAAUGAUGAGCAUCAAGCCACCGCAAUGGCAGACAUCAUCGAGUAUUUCCGCUGGAAUUGGGUGGGCACCAUCGCUGCCGAUGACGACUAUGGCCGUCCAGGGAUUGAGAAGUUCCGAGAGGAGGCAGAAGAGAGGGACAUCUGCAUUAACUUCAGCGAACUCAUCUCCCAGUACUCUGACGAGGAUGAGAUACAACAUGUGGUGGAGGUCAUCCAGAAUUCCACAGCCAAAGUGAUCGUUGUCUUCUCCAGCGGCCCUGAUCUGGAACCUCUCAUCAAGGAGAUUGUUCGCCGGAACAUCACAGGCAGGAUAUGGCUGGCCAGUGAGGCCUGGGCCAGCUCCUCGCUCAUAGCCAUGCCUGAGUUUUUCCAUGUUAUUGGAGGCACAAUUGGGUUUGGACUAAAGGCAGGGCAGAUUCCAGGGUUCCGUGAGUUCCUUCAGAAGGUACACCCCAAGAAGUCAGUUCACAAUGGUUUUGCCAAAGAGUUUUGGGAGGAGACAUUUAACUGUCACCUCCAGGAAGGUUCUAAAGGUUCUCUGUCUUUAGACCCUUUCCAGAAAAGUCGUGAAGAAGGAGGCAGGCACAGGCCCAACAACACAACCACGACUUUCCGUCCUCUGUGUACCGGGGAUGAGAACAUCACCAGUGUUGAGACGCCAUAUAUGGACUACACCCAUUUGCGGAUAUCUUAUAACGUAUACCUGGCUGUCUACUCCAUUGCCCAUGCCCUACAGGACAUAUACACCUGUUCCCCUGGGAAAGGACUCUUCACCAAUGGCUCCUGUGCAGACAUAAAAAAGGUCGAGGCUUGGCAGGUUUUGAAACAUCUGCGACACUUAAACUUCACCAACAAUAUGGGUGAACAGGUAGAUUUUGAUGAGUUUGGGGACCUGGUGGGCAACUAUUCAAUUAUCAACUGGCACCUCUCCCCAGAAGAUGGCUCCAUCGUGUUUAAGGAGGUUGGGCAUUACAACGUUUAUGCCAAGAAGGGUGAAAGACUCUUCAUCAAUGAGGAGAAAAUUCUGUGGAGUGGAUUCUCCAGGGAGAGCCUGUUAUUUGUUUUGUCCAUCCUUAAGGUGCCAUUCUCCAACUGCAGCAGAGAUUGUCUGGCAGGAACCAGGAAAGGGAUCAUUGAGGGGGAGCCCACCUGUUGCUUUGAAUGUGUGGAAUGCCCUGAUGGCGAGUACAGUGAUGAAACAGAUGCAAGUGCUUGUGACAAGUGCCCCGAUGACUCCUGGUCCAAUGAAAAUCAUACUUCUUGCAUUGCAAAGCAGAUUGAAUUUCUUUCUUGGACAGAGCCAUUUGGAAUUGCCCUCACCCUUUUUGCAGUUCUGGGAAUCUUUCUAACAUCUUUUGUCCUGGGAGUCUUCAUCAAGUUCCGAAAUACACCCAUUGUCAAGGCAACCAACAGGGAACUCUCCUACCUCCUUCUCUUUUCCUUGCUUUGCUGUUUCUCCAGCUCUUUGUUCUUCAUUGGUGAGCCCCAGGACUGGACAUGCUGCCUGCGCCAGCCAGCCUUUGGGAUCAGCUUUGUGCUAUGCAUCUCCUGCAUCUUGGUGAAAACCAAUCGGAUCCUCUUGGUGUUUGAGGCCAAGAUUCCCACCAGCCUCCACCGCAAGUGGUGGGGCCUCAACCUCCAGUUUCUCCUCGUUUUCCUCUGCACAUUCAUGCAGAUUGUCAUAUGUGUCAUUUGGCUCUACAAUGCUCCCCCUUCCAGCUACCGGAACUAUGAGCUGGAAGACGAAAUCAUCUUUAUCACCUGCCAUGAAGGUUCCCUUAUGGCCCUGGGCUUCUUGAUUGGCUACACCUGCCUUCUGGCUGCCAUCUGCUUCUUCUUUGCAUUCAAGUCCAGGAAGCUGCCCGAGAACUUCAACGAAGCCAAGUUCAUCACCUUCAGCAUGCUCAUCUUCUUCAUCGUCUGGAUCUCCUUCAUCCCGGCUUACGCCAGCACCUACGGCAAGUUCGUCUCGGCCGUGGAGGUGAUAGCCAUCCUGGCUGCCAGCUUCGGCUUGCUGGCCUGCAUCUUCUUCAAUAAAGUCUACAUCAUCCUCUUCAAGCCCUCUCGGAAUACCAUCGAGGAAGUGCGCUGUAGCACGGCAGCCCACGCUUUCAAGGUGGCAGCCCGCGCCACCUUGCGCCGAAGCAACGUGUCCAGGAAGCGUUCCAACAGCCUUGGGGGCUCCACAGGGUCGACCCCAUCCUCUUCCAUGAGUAGCAAGAGCAACUCCGAGGACCCCUUCCCGCAGCCCGAGAGAGAGAAAGAGCAGCAGCAGCAACAACAACCCUUGACCCCACAGGCGCAGCGGCCGCAGCAGCAACAGCAGCAACAGCACCGCUGUAAGCAGAAAGUGAUCUUUGGCAGCGGGACCGUCACCUUUUCUCUGAGCUUUGAUGAACCCCAGAAGACCGCCACGACCCACAAGGUAGCCAAGCAGCAGAACUCCCUAGAGGCGCAGAAUAGUGGCGACAGCCUGGCACGGCGCCAAGCCUUACUUCCUCUUCAGAGCAGCGAAGGAGGAGCCGCGGGACUGGGCAGCGGCGGGGACUUAGGUUCAAAUGAGUCUGUGGUCGGCGAUAGCCAGUCGGAGACCCAGAUCCCAGAAGAAAUGUCGCCGGCCCUUGUGGUAUCCAACUCCAGGGGUUUUAUCAUCAGCGGAGGCGGCAGUGCAGUCACAGAAAAGAAACUCCAUUCCUAAAGGGAGAGGCAGAGGCUGAUCCAGAAAGGAUUCCAAGGGACAGCCUCACUCAAAUAUAAUGUCUAAACUGUGGGAGGAAACUAUAGUGCUUUAUUGUCCAUAAAUUUCUCUUUCACUCUGGAGAUGGAAGGAAAGCCAAGUAGAGAGAAGACUAAUGUUUUUAUAAUCUCCAACUUAGACUGAAUCAUUGAAGUUGCCAGGAUUGGCAGCUUAAAAAGAGAAGUAAAUAAAAGUCAUGCUCUUUGGGGGGCUUAGUCAGAACACUGAUAUUGCUUUUUCAUGAUGCUUGGUGUAUGGUAGGGCUGGAAUUCCCUAACAUUUAGAGCUGCCCAGAAGUGGAACGAUGGGGCUGCUUUGGACAGUGCUGGGAUUGCUAUCGCUUGAGGUCUUCAAGUGGAGGUGGGAUUUCUGACUGACCACUUGGCAGGGGUAUUAAGCAGGAGAUUCUUUUUCUGACACAGGUUGGCCCCAGCGGCCCCCAAGGUCUCUUCCAGUUCUGGGAUUCUGUGAUAUAUACUCCUGCUUCUUUUGACAACGGCAUUCUGUUCUUCUACUCUAAGCCCCGAAGUGCCAAUAGGGGAUAACCAACAAACCGUUGAAUUUUCUCCUGCUUCUCCUCUGUGGUAUAUGUGCAUAUAUUGGUGUGUGUCUGUGGAGGGGCGUAUUAGAUGACAUAUGUUAACUAUCCUGGGAGGAAACUGACAGCCUUAGAUGUCAGCAAGAACCAGACUACGAACUCACAGGAUUUUAGGUGUGACAUGACCCAAGGAAAAUGACUGAAAGGCAGAAGGCCAAUGGAUAGCCUGGCCAUGUAAAGUAUUUUCGAUGUUUGAAA